GUUUUUAUGUGAUCGUUUCAUUCCUUUUUUUAAUAAUGAAAAGACCCAGAACCCACCGUCUUACUAAAUAUAUAAAGGUUCUUGGAAAACAAAAUUCAUGUAAUACCUACGCGGCAUGUAUUGCUUGUUUUGAAAGGUUGGAAAGUAGUGAACUUUCAAGAAAUACUUUUACAAAUAAAAAACCGCAAGUUAAAAAUCACUUGAAAAAUUGUCCAUAUUUUCGAGAAAAAAUUGGAAAUCAAGAAGAACUAGAUGAUAUUAUUAAUUUGACAGAUAAUGAGAUAGAAGAAGAAAUAUGUCAAAAACGUAAAAAAGUGGAUAAUGAAUUUGGUAAGAAUGAUGAAAAAGUCUUAAAGUAUUUAAAAUCUUUGCAGUAUAAUUUCAAAAUUCCAAAAUUUAAAUCAAUAGAAGAAACAGGUUCGGUAAAGUCAUUUGGGUCAUUUGCUUCAACAACAUCAUCUGCACGCAACUUUAAUUCAAAAAAUACAAUUAAAAAUAAUCUCAUUCGCACUCCUACUAAAAGUGAAAUACCAAAAUUUGAACGUCUUUUAUUAAGAAUGUCAGUAGCGAAUGGUUUUGCAUUUCAGUGGAUUGAUCACCCUGCAACCUUGGAACUCUUUGAAUUUUUAAAUCCACAUCUCAUAUUACCAAAUAGAAAAGCUCUAUCUAAUCGUAUAUUAACGAAAGAAACUGAAAACUUGAAUACAUUGAGAAAUGAUAAAUUAAUUAAUGAUAAAGUUGGGGUUGUAUUAGCGUUUGAUGGUUGGAAGAACAUUUUAAAUCAGCAUAUAUUCGGAUCAUUAUUUAUAUCGUCUUCAGGUGAAAUUUUAAUAUGGGAAGCUUCGGACAUUAGCAGUGAACGUGAACGGUUAAUUGAAGUAAUACCAAAAAUAACUGGAUUAAUUCAAGAAACUAAAAGAUUAGGUAUUAAACUUAAUGCAAUAGUGUCAGAUAGUGCACCGGCUUAUGCUGCAGCACGGUAAAUAAAUAAAAUUAUUAAAAUGGAUGCAUGAUUAAUUUCAAACUAUUACUUAUUUAAUAAUUUAUCAUAG